AUGACCACUUUCCAGACUCUGAAAAUGUGCGGGGCUUUUUCACUUAGUUACCUGCUGAAGGACUGCAGCCUCGCUCGAUUGAAUCAUAAAAAGGUCAACAACGAGACCUUUCUACAUUUGUUUGACUGUGUAAGCCGCGUUGUCGGUGACUGUCAGCCAAAAUCUGUGACUUUGAGAACUGUGAUAAAGAAAUCUCAUCCUAAUUUUGGAAUGAAAGCACCAGGCCCCUACUACUACCAGGUGAAACCAAAUUUCCAGGAGUCUGAAAGUGUAUCAUGUGUAUCUAAUAAAUCCAUUGACCUCAAAACCCCAAAAUUAAAACUUUUUGAGAAAAUAGCCGAGAUAUGUGAAAACCCAUUUUCGGGCUCGCGAGGUUUUUUUACUCGCUGGUGGGAGAGAUGUGAACUUACCUGGCAGCUUGUGAAUGGAACUGAGAAAAUUAACAACUAUUACGUCAGGAGAGUUCUGGCGCAAGCUCUGUCACAGUGGGAAAACGCAGUCAACGAAGGCAGGCGGUAUCCGGUGCUCACGUUUCGUGAAACGCGCGGACACCGGCCCGACAUCAGAUUCGGAUUCAAUUAUGGUGACCACGGAGACGUGCUACCGUUUGACGGGCCAGGUCCAUCCGUAGCGCACUCAUUCUUCCCAUACAUCAGCAACGAAUUUAAUGGUCACGUGCAUUUCGACGAGUACGAGGAUUGGAGUCUGGGAUCGAACGUCGGUCAUCUUUUCCCGCUCAUCGCGCUACACGAGCUCGGCCACGUGCUCGGGCUGCCCCACACGUCCGAUCCUAGCGCCGUCAUGUAUCCGAUCCUCGACAAGCGUUCAAUCAGCUCGUGGCAUCUGCAGCGGGCAGACGUGCAGGCGAUCCAGGCGCUCUACCCUUAUCGGCUGUGCGAUUUCGGUCCGUUCGGCUUCUAUAAUAAAAGAAAGCGAUAGAAGCAAGCGACACUGGCAUCUCCAACGGUGUACUACAGCUAACGGGAAUUUUUUUUUCCCAUUCAUCGAGAAAUAUAUGAUAUGCACGAACUAGAUA